UGGCAAAACUACAUUUACCGCUUACCGCGAUGACUUAUUUCUUAUUUUAGGCCUACCUCAAGACACGACGAGAGAUGGAUUUACCUGACACAGUGUUAUUGCAUAUAUUAUCGUUUGUGAAUGAAAAGGACCUUCUUUUAAAGUCUUCCCUGGUUUGCAAAACCUGGAAACGUUUGAUAGACAGUCAAACAUUGUGGAGAACCAAGUGUGAACGGGCAGGCUAUUAUUCACAGUCACUGCUUCCCAAUCCACCGGGGGAUUUCAAGAAGUACUACUUUCAAAACCCGUACAACCGAAAUUUGAUCAAGAAUCCUUGCGCAAAAGAACAUUUUAAUUCUUGGGAAAUUACAAAAGAUGGAGGUGAUCACUUUGUCACGGAAGACAAACCUUGUGGUAGUCAUCCAUUGGAAAAGUUUACAGAUAUUAAAGGACCCUACAGGUGUUGGGUGACGUCUUACGGCUGGUGUGAGAAGCAUCAGAUCAUUGACCUCAUUGCAGAAGGGUGUUCUCCUGCAGUUCUGGAUGAAAUCCGGCCAGAGAUACAGGUCUCAGAGUGGUAUGCAGCCAGGUUUGACUGCAAGAUGGAAUACCACAUAAAAGUGAAGCUGUUGGAUGGUGAAUCCAAGGUCUUGAACAAAUGGUCUUUUUCUGAUGAGAAGGAGGCAGGCAGGGAUUGGUUUAAAGUUGAACACAUUUUUACAUCCUAUCCAAAAGGUGUGAGAUUCAUCAAAUUUCAACAUAAAGGUAAAGAUCGACAGUUCUGGGCUGGACACUAUGGAUCCAAGUUUACAAUGGCCAGCGUCAGAUUUAACCUCAUGCAUAGGUCUGAGAAAGCAGCCACGGGAUCGGAAGUGUCCAAAUCCAGCUAUUCUUCUUCGGAAUCAGAAUCUGAGAGGAGUUAUAAUGAAGAAAGUGGAGAGGAUGAGUUCCUGUGAACUUUAAUCACAAUGGCUGGAUGUGCAUUUCAAUUCUUGCAAGUGAAUGAGAUUAUCAUGUAUAUGCACGGGUCACAUUUUAUGAGAUUGUUGACAGACAUUAGAUUAUGGGACAUUACUUUUUUGUAUAACCUGACUCUACCAGUGGGUGUGGUUAAGCAUGUUGAUACUGUAAACCAGCCUUCAUUUCUGUGUAUGUUCACAGUUUUAAAAUAAGCAUGUUGGUGUGGUAGUUGUGAUGUAGAUAGAGCAAUUACAAAUAUUAGCAAGAGUCAAACACAUGUAAAAUAUUAUUGUAUGUAAUUAAUUCUUACAUAAUUUUAUGACCCAACUUUAUGACAAAUGAUGUGCUAUUUUUGAGGACCAUCCAACUUGCAUGGUUUUUAGCUCUACUGGUCAAAGUUGCAUAUUCCUCCAUCUGUCUGUUUGCUAAAGGACAAUGUUUGAUAGCAGCUAGCCUUUUUAGGGCCCUGUAAAACUUAAUUUAGUGGUUUAUUUUUAAAGCCUUAAAGGCAGACUAAAUUAUCUCUUUUAUUCCAUAAUUUAGAGUCUUUGAUAUAACAUGUUUAUUACUUUUGACAAGAUCCCUCUGUUGAUACCAAUUUUUUUGACCUCAUGACCUUGAAGUUUGACCUACUUUUGAAAAACUUAAAGCUGGGGCUAUAACUUUUGAAUGGUUAAUGAUAGUGGCUUUCAUAUUUCACCUAUGUAUUCCUUGUGACAUGAUCUUUCUUUGGGUACCUUAAUAACUUUGCUGCCAUACAGUAUGACAGUGUAUCGGGGCAUCAGUGUUUCACAAACAUCUUAUUUUUAUCUGACUCUUUGAACUACAGUCUCAACAGAGACAUCUGGUUUUGUGGUACUCUGAGAAUUUUAUAUAAGAAUCUGUUCUUCUUGGGAGGUAAAGAUUUAAUAGUGAAUUGUGGGAACAAUGAUACCGUGUUUACAAAUAACCAACAGUUUUACUUAGAAGUAUAGACAGGAUAUUUUUUAUCAUGAUAAGCAUGCAACCAAUCUUAAGGGGGAAAAAAUCUAGGGAUUUUUAGGCAUUUUGUUUGUUUGGAAAGAGAGUAAGAGGGAGAAAAAGCAUCUGUAUAACUGGUACUUUAGGUGAGUCGCAAAUUUAUCAAUUUUCUCCUAAUAGUUUGCAAAUUCACACCAAAGGAAAAAUGACAAUUCUUUAAAUUCAUUUACUCAAACAUUACACGGGUUUGAACUGUUGACAAAUUCAAGUUUAGGUGGCUCUGGUACUCUUCUCUCUCUUAAUAUUAUACCAAACAUUAGAUCUGCACAAAAUUCCUGGAUAUUUGUUGAAUUGCUUCAAUCAUUCACUUUGACUGUUUCUUGACCUUCAAGACAUUUUUCAGAGGUCAAGGUUUGUUUUAUGUUGAUGUUUAAUUACAUGUACGGUGACCAAAAGAAUUCAGGAUGUUGAGUUAAAGUAAGAUUUUAUUAAUGGGAUUGUUUUGAAUUGUUACCGAUAUUAUAUAAUAGCUGUGAUCAUUUUUACAACAUAACACACAUUAUAUAUAUACUACAUUGUUAUGUAUUUAUUCAUUUACAUUAAAAUACAAAUUCCUAUAGAA